UACAUUACAAUCAUUCUAGAAUCUAGUGUAAAUUGUUCUAUCAUGCUGGAUACGUUUAUCGCAAGAGUGAAGCUUGCAAUUAAUUACAUAUCCCUAUAGUAAUGUAGCGGAUGUUCAUUGAUUUAUGAAGAAAGACACACUGGAUAAUUUCUUUUUACUUCUUUUUACAACUCACGAGAUCGUUCUAUGUGAACCGUAUUUCUAUGAACUUAAUGCGUGACAGUAUGUCACUUUACGUGUGAUAUCAACCUUAUUAACUAAACCUAGUUCCCAACCGAAUCAGACUGAAGUAGUGUCGAUUUAUGUUCGUUCUAACGUUGAACGAAGUAUAUACAUGGCUAUUUGUUUCUAAAAAACAAAAAAAAAAAACAUAUUACAAUCGUUAUCCUGUUUAAAAACAAUACAAGAAUUGCGAGAAUAAUUAUUGAAACAAAAAAAUGAAAAGAAAAAAUUGUUGUUGAUUAUAAGUGAUCAAACAAAUUGAAAUAAUUCAUAAUAUUUAUCAAUUAUAUUGAAGUGCAGUGUCCUAUACGGUAGAAUAAAUUCUUUGUUACUAUAUGAAUAUAAAAUGCAUGAAAGCAUAGAUGACAUAUGUAAAGCAAUUGAUGAAAAUUUGCUGCGUAACCUAGAACUGAUGGAAGAAAAGAUCAAGACUAAUGUUCAAAUGGAAAAUAUAUUACGUGAUGGUUACAUUGAAUUAGCUAAAGCUAAGUAUAUACGUGGCAAAGAAAGUAUAAGUAUAUUACAAGUUCCUGCCGAUGAUGAAAAAGUAGCUACAUUAUUUGAAUUAGAAACAAAAUUAACUGAAGAAACUGGCAAAAUAAUUCCAAAUUUCGAUAUAAGUUUAAAGAGAACAGACAAAAAUAUAGAUGAUAUUCAGGAUCCCAUAAAAUGGUUUGGAGUGCUAGUCCCUCAAAGUUUACGAAUUGCUCAAAAACGUUUCCAAGAAUCUCUGUAUCUUGCUGUAAGAGCAGCAAAUUUACAAGCAGAAAUUACUUCUGUAUUAGACAAAUUACAAUCUUUAUACUUCUUAAAACAUGAUUCGUGUCCAGAAUAUGUCAAUAAAAAUUAAAAAUUUUUAUA